AUGGCGUUUGAGGACCGCUGCAGUCCAAAUCAGGCGAACAGCCCAGGACCGGUCACCGGUAGAGUUCCGGCUCCACACGCGACCGACGUUAGCUACUGCCCCAGCCAGUACACGUGUACGACUAUAGACUCUAGGUUCGAUAGAAACAUGACUGUGGUCAAAGUUCAACCAAACUCACCACCUCCCAGUCCGGAACACAGUCAGAACGAAAUGGACUACCAGAACUAUUACCGACCGGACACGCCGGACGUGAAACCGGUUCUACAGGACGACCGGUUCGACCCGGAUAAGCGUAAUCGGCAGCAACCGGCUGCGUCGAUCGCCUUUUCAAUCAGCAACAUUCUGCAUCCCGAAUUCGGUUUGAACGCGAUUCGUAAGACGAAUAAAAUCGAAGGGCCGAAAGCCGUUGGGCCGAACCACAGCAUCCUGUACAAGCCCUACGAUCUGUCAAAGGAGUAUUCGAAAUUUGAUUUUGAAUUCUUGAAAUCGAAGGAUGAUUUUGGCGCGCUACCACCUCUCGGUGGAUUGCGUCAGACCGUUUCAAAUAUUGGGGAGAUUCAGAAGGAAAAAGAGGUACCAAAGAUUAUAGAGGCGCAAAGGAGGCCGGAUUCGGCGAGUUCUAUGGUGUCUUCGACCUCCAGUGGGGCUGUAUCGACAUGUGGCAGCACCGACACAAAUAGCCAGACCUCUCAAGGGAAUCCUAACCUCUGGCCGGCAUGGGUCUAUUGCACCAGAUACAGUGAUAGGCCUAGUUCUGGCCCCAGAAGUAGAAGAGUUAAGAAAAAGAUGAAUCCAGAAGAGAAGAGACCUAGGACGGCGUUCAGUGCUGCACAACUUGCUAGGUUAAAGCACGAGUUCGCCGAGAACCGUUACCUGACCGAGCGUCGGAGACAGACCCUCGCCGCUGAGCUCGGCCUGGCGGAAGCUCAGAUCAAGAUCUGGUUCCAGAACAAACGAGCCAAGAUCAAGAAGGCGUCUGGACAGAGGAACCCAUUGGCUAUGCAACUCAUGGCUCAAGGGCUGUACAACCACAGCACUGUGACGGAGAGUGACGAAGAGGAGGAGAUCAAUGUGACGUAA